CAGUCAACUAUCGGUGGAUCACCGUAACGACGCACGUCUCCACAAUUCUUUUUCAACUUGAGGUCUACGCUCUCCGGAUGCUAACUUGGGUGCUGUCUCUACAACAAUUCUCAGAUAAACGGUGUAUAACCUCGGCAAUUUAUCAGCUUCAAAGAUUCAUAUGCGAUUCUCUUGCCUCAGAUCUACACCAUAUUUCCCUGCCUGACCAUGGGUAACGACACAAGUGCUAGAAAAAAGACUGUCUUUCAGCUCGACACGCCCUUUUCCGAUGUCUCAUGGCCUAAAGUUUCAUUGGAAGACCAGGACACCAUCUUAGAGCUUCUUUGCAACUUCUUGAGUCCCAUCGGCAAACAUCGAAGGGCCCAUGUCAAGGCCUCAAAAGGAAAGAAGGCGUCAAAGAGAGCCGAUAAGGCGAAAACUGAGCGAGCAGGGGAAGACACGGAGAUGCCAGAUUCAGUGAUCCCAGCUCCACCCGAUAUCACGCAUUGCAUUGAUGUAGGCUUCAACUCCAUCAACAGAAAUCUGUCAGCAAUGGCAGAAACCCAGCAGUGUGGUAGCGAUGCCCAAGCCGACAAGGCAGACAACGAAAGGAAACCACUCUCCAUGAUUUUCGUGGCGAGAGGCGACCAGUCUGCCGUCUUCAACUGCCACUUUCCAAAAAUGGUUGGUGUCGCUUCGAGAGAUCAACCAUCAAAAGACAAACCCAGGCUCGUGGGGUUCUCCAAAUCAUGCUCAGAACGGUUGAGCCACUGUCUUGAUGUUGCUCGGGUGUCAGCAGUCGCGAUACACCAAGAUGCGCUUGGCUCCAAAGCACUCUGGGAUGUCGUUUCCAAGGCUGUUGAGCCAGUUCAUAUGGACUGGUUGCACCCUGAUUCGAAUCCAGUGUACCACGCGACUAAGAUCAACGCAAUCCAAACGACCGUGGGACCGAAGCGAGAGAAGAAAACCAGCACGCCCCUGAAGCAGGGCUGAGUAACAUUGGCAUUCCCUUCUGGAAGUAUGUAGCAAGCGACUUACAAUGUUUGAUCUGUGCUUGGAAUUGUCCAUGUCCACGUUUCUCUGUCCAUCCUGUUUGAUGCACGAGCAAACAUCAAAUAUUCCAGCCAAAUUGUUUCCAAGUAGCGCCACCGCAAACCCUAGGAAUCAAGAUCGGGUCCAAAGGUACACGUCUGCGGGGAGUUUCUACUGGCCAUUCGCGAGUUCAUGUG